UCAUGACGUCAAACGAGGAAGUAAGGGAACAGGUUAUUGUUUUAUUUGAAGGGAAGAAUGCACCUGGCUGAACAAGACGAAUCGAACAUAAAGAGGAGGACAGACGGCAUUCGUCAGACGCUGCAGUGCUCCCAUCAUCACGGUUGUGUUUUGAUAUAACGUGUGCUUUACGUUACCUUUGUGUAACAAGGGACUUGUAGGGGACGUUUUGUGUUUCAGUGCGACCAAGUGGAGUGUAAACAAUGACACAGUUGUGGUACAUAGUUGUUUUCUGCGUUUUGGUCUCACCAACUGCGCGGGGACAGGUGGAUCAAGAAUGUUUCGGGGCUUUCGAAACUUCGGACGACCAGGGACUGGAUUUUGACAGCGGGGCCAGCGUAGAGGGGCCCAUCCGUAAUGUUUCCGACCGCGAGGCCUGUUUGUCGGCUUGCUGUAACAAGGAAGACUGUCACCUGGCAAUUGUGGGGAUGCCGCAGGACGGACCGGCCCAGUGCUACCUCGUCAACUGUAUGAAAGAUGGGAACGACGUGUGCCGCAUGCUGGGGCAGAAGGGUUCCACCGCUUACAAAAAGAGACCAGAAGCGAGAGCUGCGGACUCUACAGAUAAGUGCAGUGCCCCUGCGGAGGUGGGUUCAUGCCGUGCCGCCUUCCCCCGGUUCUACUAUAAUGGCACCAGCUGCGAGUCGUUCAUCUACGGAGGCUGCGAGGGCAACGGGAACAACUUUGAAACGGUCGAGGCCUGCAAUGCGGCCUGCAACGGUACCUCAGGUGCUGUGCAGUCUAAUGAAAUCCCCUCAGGCCCUGCUGCCAGGAGAAUGGCCCCCGCUGACCUCAAUGCCUCUGAUGUGUUCCCAGCUGGCCCUUCUGAGUCUUCCCCCCGUGCCCUGACAGCAGAGGACUUUGCAGAGCUCUGCCAGGCUGAGGUGAAGACUGGCCCCUGCCGCGCCUCCAUUCCGCGGUUCUUUUAUAACAGCACAGCCGGCACCUGCCAGAGCUUCAUCUACGGGGGCUGCCGGGGGAACAGCAACAAUUACGGCAGCGCUGAGGAGUGCCAGACCACCUGCUCAGGGACAGCCACUCCCAGCUCCAGGAAGGCCCCUGAAGAAAAUUCCAGUGGCAGCAAAAGCUCAGAGUCUUGUGUAGAGAAGCAGGACACGGGACCCUGCCGCGCCGCCUUCCCCCGCUUCUACUUCGACCCCGCCUCCCAGUCCUGCCAGCCUUUCAUCUACGGGGGUUGCCAAGGAAACGGAAACCGCUUCCACACGGUGGAGGACUGCAUGUCCCUAUGCUCUGGGCAGGAAGGGAGCGUGGCGAAGCACGAUCAUCCAUCCAACCGGACCCCAGCUUACAUAAUGGUGGGAACGCUGGCGGUUAGCGCGGCUGUGGCGCUGGCGGGCCUGAUCCUGUUGGCGCUGAGGAAGACGAAAUUCCCCCGCCGCUCCCGCGACGACAAGGAGGAGCUGCUGCCCGAGGACCAGCUGGCCACGGAGCAGAACGCCUAAGGGCCACGCCCGCUCGCAGACCCGGGACACCAAACACACCCCCCAAUCCAGAGCUAUUUGGGCCAUUCCAGACUCUUACAGAAGCCGGACAGUGCAGCAGUGUCCUGUUGGUGGUACACUUGGUAAGACCUGGAAUUGCCCAAAACGCUGUGCGUUGAGAUCGGUGUUUCUGUCCUGGCUGGUAUGCCCUUUUGGCCCAGAUACGUUAAGCAUAACCAUUCCCACUGUGCACAGACCAAAUGCACAAAGCCUGGCUCACACGACCUGUGAAAGGUUAUUCAGUUUUACCAUUUCUCUUGUGGGAACAUUAUUUUAAUCAUCAAAUUAACUCUACUUUUGUUCAGAUUAUAAAUGUAUCACAGCUGUGCUUUUUCAUGUUUCAGGGAGGGAAAGGUAGAUAGAUCCCGGCAAUUUGAAUACGCCCUCAAUGAGGCAAUAACACCAUAAAUUAGACAUGAUGUCAGCCUUUAAUGGCAGCCUUAGUUCCAGGUUCUAAAUGAUCUUGUAUCAAACAUAACGGUGUGGCUUUGGUGAUCACCAGGCAGACACAAUCACAUGUACAAUUGAAAUAUUAAAUAAUUAUAAAGCAAAGGUCAAAAGCAAAUAGCGAAAGUAAAUAUUCACGGUAAAGACUAAAAGAAAUAUUAAAGGUCAAAGGCAAGAAAAUUGAGUUUUUGGUGAAAAGUUUUUAAAUUAUAAUCAUUUGCUUGAACAUGAAAUGUUUGAAUUGCUUUAAUUUACUCAUCCAAGCGCAAAUAGAAGAGAUGGCGGGGCAUUCCUCCUUCAAUAUGAUGAAAUAAUCAAAGGGUCAGCAGUGUCCAUCACUAUAGCAAUGUGUCUGUGCCUGCAUCAUUCUGAAGUUGGGAGGAUCUUGAUUAAAAUGUUGGCAUCCCAUCAUCAUAGGCUGGAAAUGACGAAACACAUUUACAUAAGCAUUAGUAAAGUAUGUCUUUGCUUAAUUUUUGUUUCUUAAUUUUUAUUUUCAUUUUAGGAACUGGUGCGAAUAAGCCGUGUGCAUAUUGAAUAAUGAGUGUUUUUGCAGUUAUAGUUGGAGGGACACAUUUAUGACAGGGCUCUGUAAGGCUGCGAUGCAUAGUGAUUCACUCCAGAAUGUAAAUGGACUGCAAAUAUGUUUUUGUUUUGCCCUUUUGUUCUCUUUUUUUAAGAUAAGAAACAUCUAGAAAAUUGAAAUAAAAUUGAGCAGAAUAAAUGACAAGAAGAAAAUACUUGUAUGCCUCGUCCACAUGAACCGAAUUUCCUGUGCAGCUCCACCCAAAUUUGAAAAAAAAAAAUUGUGUCUGUUGAAUUUUUAUAAGUCUCCAUGAAGUAGGGGGUCAUUAUUACAAUUUUACAGCUGCGUUUCUCUUUCAAAAAGGUUGAAUGUGACAUUUAUUAUUAUAACAAGGUUUUAUAGAAGAAGUCCUGGUGCAUUGAUGUACGUGUAAUCAUCUAUUUUCUGAGAAUAUAUAUCUAAUUUCUGAGAAUAUUCUAAUUGAUUGAAUUUAAUUUGUGACUGGAGAACCUUAUGGGAAACAUCAAGGGAAUUCUUUGUGCAACCUGUUCUUACAAGAUAUAAAUAUUCUUUAUAUGUAUAUUUUGUAUUCAUUUGUAUGUAGUUUUAAGUGAUCUAAAAUGACAGUAAAAUGUAAUGAAUAAACUUAGCCAGGCAGAGAUUAAUGUAUACUGAUAGAGGAGACAGAUUUCAUCAAAUUACUCAUUUAUAUGAAAGACAAAUUCAGUUCCUCUUUAUGGGCAUCUGUCCUCUACUGCUUAUGGCACAAGGGUCUUCACACUGUCUUCUCCUCAAGAUAAAAGGGGCAUUUCCAUUAAGCUGUAGCUUUAAGCAAUGAAAGCAAUUACAAUGACAUUUAAUAAAAUGCUUCUGAUGGUUCAGACAAAGUCAGUUUGAUUUAUAAUGUGAAAACUUCUCUUUUUAUGAUUAUUAUUAGAAUUGGGAACAGUUUAAGAUUAAUCUGUGAAAUGAAAUUUUGGAGUAAUGAGUGUAUUUUCUUGUAAAUCAUUCAAAUAAACUCCUUUA